AUGAACAUCCGUGAAGCGACGAUCGACGACCUGCUGGGCAUGCAGAAUUGCAACCUUCACAAUCUGCCCGAGAACUACACAUUACGAUACUAUCUCUACCAUGCGCUCACCUGGCCGCAGCUCUCGUAUGUUGCCGAAGAUGAGAAGGGCAGGAUCGUCGGAUACAUUUUGGGCAAGAUGGAGGAGGAGCCAGCCGAUGGCAUUCCUCAUGGACACGUCACAAGUAUCAGUGUGCUCCGCUCGUAUCGUCGACUGGGUCUUGCCAACAAGCUCAUGAAGCAAAGUCAGGAAGCCAUGAGGGAUGUAUUUGGUGCCAAGUUCGUGUCGCUGCACGUCAGACAGACCAACCGCGCUGCCAUCGGCUUGUAUCGCGACACGCUCGGCUUCGAGGUGCACGGCGUGGAGAAAGGCUACUACGCCGACGGUGAAGACGCCUUGCAUAUGCGACUCAACUUUUGA